AUGAGAGGCGUCCGCGACGGCGGCAUGGCGAGCCUCCUCGCCCUGGCGCUCCUCUGUUUGCUCUACGCGUCGUGUCCUGUAGACGGACUGCUGAAGUGCUAUUGCGACAUUUGUUCGGAAACCAAUCACACGUGCGAAACCGAUGGCUAUUGUUUCGCCAGCACGAGCCUGGAGAGGGAGCCUGACGUCAUCACGUAUGCUCGGAGGUGUUACGAUAAGAUGAGGUUCUUCCCGGACACCGAACGGUCUGUCUGGUGUGACAAGAAAAAUAUACUAAGCGGCCCAGAUGGCAUCAAAUUCGCAGUCGCCUGUUGCGAUCAUGCCGACUACUGCAAUCGCGAUCUAAGGCCCUCUUUUCGCUUCGCGAAUCACCUCGAAGGAGUGUCGUCGGGCGGUGACGACGCGACGUGGGUCACAUGGAAAAUGGCCUUGACUAUAGCACUGCCAAUAUGCGCGAUCUGCGUUGUCGUUAUGGUCUUCUAUCACGUGCACAUGACCAAAAAGAGGCCGGCCCGACAUUUUCCGGACGACUCGCUAGAGGCUCCGGAUCGGCCGAUUUUGGGCGGCGUUACUAUCAGGGACAUGCUGGAGAUGACUACAAGCGGCAGUGGCUCGGUAGGCCUGCCACUUCUGGUACAACGUAGCAUAGCGCGUCAGAUCCAGCUUGUGGAGACGAUCGGGAAAGGUCGCUUCGGCGAGGUUUGGCGGGGUCGUUGGCGCGGCGAGAAUGUCGCUGUGAAAAUCUUCAGCUCGCGAGAGGAGAGGUCCUGGUUUCGGGAAGCAGAGAUCUAUCAGACAGUGAUGCUCAGGCACGACAACAUCCUGGGUUUUAUUGCUGCUGAUAAUAAGGAUAACGGCACAUGGACGCAGCUGUGGCUGAUAACGGAUUACCACGAGAAGGGCUCGCUCUUCGAUUACCUCAACAGAUCGACCGUCGACACGAACGGUAUGAUAAGGAUGGCCUUGUCGAUCGCCACUGGCUUGGCGCAUCUUCACAUGGAAAUAGUCGGCACGCAAGGCAAGCCGGCCAUCGCUCACCGGGACCUGAAGUCAAAAAAUAUUCUCGUAAAGACUAAUGGUACCUGCGCCAUCGGCGACCUCGGAUUGGCCGUCAGGCACGACGUAAUCACGGAUACUGUCGAUAUCCAGCUUAACAACAGAGUCGGCACGAAACGUUACAUGGCGCCCGAGGUUCUUGAAGAGACGAUAAACAUGAACCACUUCGACUCGUUCAAGAGGGCCGACGUGUACGCGCUCGGUUUGAUUCUCUGGGAGAUCGCUAGGCGAUGCAACGUCGGCGGGAUUCACGACGAGUAUCAACUGCCCUUUUACGACUUGGUGCCUUCCGAUCCAACUAUCGAAGAAAUGCGGAAAGUCGUCUGCAGCGACCGACAGCGGCCGUCGAUACCGAAUCGAUGGCAGUCGAUCGAAGCUUUGCAGGUGAUGUCGAAGGUAAUGAAGGAAUGUUGGUACCACAACGCCGCUGCCAGGUUAACCGCACUCAGGAUUAAGAAAUCGCUCGCUAAUUACGGCGCUAUGGAAGACCUGAAGUAGGUUUAAGUUUUCGUCGGGUUUUUUGAAGAAGAAGAAGAAGAAGAAGAAGAAGAAGAGCGAUAUUGGAUGUACGUGCGGAUGUUGCAACUAAGAAAUUCAAAGCGAUAGAGCUUCCGGUAUAGUAUAACUCUUGCAGAUAUUCUUCAAGAACUAUUCCGAGGAAUCGCGAGUAGUCUGAGGAAGACCGGCCGGAAGAUAUGGGAUUUCUUCAUGCGAAACUGGUCUCGACUGCCGAGCAGUUGAGUACUGCACAAGUAUGAUUGAUAUUGCUGUGCAAGUCGUGUGCAGAGAAGUAGAACGGAUGUUGCAAAGCUCGCUGAGAGAGUUAGUCGAUUCGGACGAUCGAUAACGGUUGCGAAUGAUAAGAAGACAGAAGAUUGCUUUAAGUCCCGAUUCUGAUAUAAUUAUCGCUGUUUGAUAAUCGGUUAUUCGUGCGAACGGAUCGAUGGGAAGUCGCGCAAUAUGUGUUCGGUUAAUUGAACGUUCACACUCGCGUCACAUUUACACGCGCAGAUACACAAACUCUUUCUCUUUCUCUUUCUCUCUCCCUCUCUCUCCGCUGUAUAUUUAUUACGAUAACGCUAAGAUAA